AUGGCACCAGGAAGAAAACCAAAGGUUCCCAGUAGGACAACCACGAACCAGACAUCUCGAAAAGGCUCCCAGAGUACACAGGAAAGUCCCGAAACUGUGGCUUUUCCGGUAGAAGUGCAACAGAUGCUUCUUGACGCGUUCCGCCGCGCUUUCCCUUUUGACGAGCAUCACGACGUGAAGGCGGCCAUCCAACAGGUCAAAGGCCGUCUGUUCCUGCGGGACUUCACAGCUGCCUUUUCCAAUCAAGACUACCUUGAUGCAUAUGCAUUAAGGUGGAGUGCUAGCCGUGCCCUUGGGUACAGCGAUGUCUUCCUUCACGGCGACCUGCAGGAAGUAUGGCUCGGCGGAGCCACAUCCGUCGCGACCGCACAUGAACCACAGUCAACAAGUGCUACCACAGUCGCUUGCAUUGGUGGUGGUGGAGGCGCGGAGGUGGCUGCAUGUGCGGUUGCGGCACGGUCAUAUUCGCUAUCUAAAGUGGAAGUCCACGCCAUCGAUAUCGCAGACUGGUCCAAUUGUCUUACGAAGCUAGAAAACGCCCUGUCUACACCACCUCCACUGUCGGCCUAUGCGAGUGAGCGCCUGAAGGCGGCAAACAAGCCCUUGGUCAUGCGUGAUCAACUGGAGGUUCGCUUUUCCCAACACGAUAUCCUCUCAGUGACUAAGACAGACCUCCGUGACUUGCUUGGUGGCGUCCAUUUAUGCACCAUCAUGUUCGCCUUGAACGAACUCUUCAGCACGUCGAUUUCCAGGACAACCGCCUUCUUACUGGCGCUUACCGAUAUUAUGCAGCUGGGUUCAUGGCUUCUGGUGGUCGACAGCCCCGGGAGUUAUUCGGAAGUCAAGUUGGGCCAGGGACAGGAUGCAAGGACCAAACAGUAUCCAAUGAAAUGGUUACUCGAUCAUACCCUUUUAGAGGUGGCGAGCGAUGAGAACAGUAAGUGGAAGAAGCACGUGGCAGAUGAGUCAAGGUGGUUUAGAUUGAACCCGUCGUUGAAGUACACGAUGGAGCUGGAGAAUAUGAGGUACCAGAUCCAUCUGUACCAACGGAUCGGAGAGGCACGAUGA